UCACCGCUUGGGCUUUGACCAUAGUGGCCGAAGGAUCUACCAUCAUGGACCCUAAACGGUUAGUGAAGAGAGGAGACACAAUCCGUGUUUGUGGAAGAAUGCUUGUAGAGACUCUCAGCCUCCUCUGCAACGGCGAAUACUACGACCCCAGUGAAACCAACAACGUUGGAAGAAGGAACUUGGCUCCUCCCAUGAUUGAUCCUUACCAGAACUGGGUCGCUGUCGCCCUUUCACCCAGAAAUCGAGAUGAAGUUGAAUCUCACACCAGCUCAGACCAGCUGCCCACUUCCCCACUUUACAAACGAUUUCAACCAGGAGGAGUUGUCGACGAAUGUUGCAGAAAACCUUGCUCCCCAUCCACCCUGCUCUCAUACUGCAGGACCGACUAAAUGACUGCUCACCAUCUUCGAGGACAACCGGAUACGACUGGAAAAGGACACUUUGUUUGUUUUUAGUCAUUGAUGAGCAGCUUCUAUUUUUUAACAUUAAAUAAUGAAAGCUUUAAUUGAAAUUGACUUAAAUUUCUUGUAAUUUUUUAUCUGGUCAAACAUAUAUUUUCAA